GUGAUCAUCAAAUCAUUCCAAAACCUCCGACAAAAAACAUCAAACUGUUCAAAAUCAUAUACCAAAGUUACCAACUAACCAUAUCAUAUCUUUUUUCGCAAGAUUACAAAGAGAAAUUCAGUUAUUCCAACGUCCCCCCACAUAAAUUGUGAUAAUAUGGCAGCUUCUUUUGUGUGCAACAAAACAUGCAUGGUUUUGAUGGGAUUAACGUUGUUUUUGGCACUGAUCGAUUUACAACAAGUUGAAGGUGGAAGACCUUUGUUAAGGAUAGAGCAGCCGUGGUUAAUGAAAGAUCAUCUCAUUAUUCAAUCUCUUCCGAGAGGUUCUCCGACGACUCCUACCGGAAAUCCAUGCACCCACAUCCCUAAGAGUAGCAAAGGACGGUGCACUAUGCAGGUUGAAGUUGACGGCGCCGGCCAUAAUGCCCCGUCGGAGCCGGUUACGGCUCCUAAGGAUAAUGGAAUUCAUCUUCAUUAACCGGUUCUUGUUGAGGAUGUAAAGGUUGCGAUAACUCCAAAUUGUAUAUCCUUUCAUAACCUAUAUACUACGAUAUACAUGUAUACUUAGCCAGAUUGUAGCUUGUUGUUUUUCUUUAAAAUUCAAUUCAUUUUUUAACCAUGCAUGAAAAUUCUGGUGCAUGGUGAUAACUUGUAAGUGUAACCUUUUUUUUGUACUGAUUGUUAGAAAAUAUUCUUUCAUUUAAUCAUGAAUAAAAAUCCAUAUUUUUUUUCC